UUACCACUAACCAGCAGAGUGUUUUAAAAUAAAUCCCCCUUUUCACUUGCAUUUCAGGCUCCAACUUCUAAAGCUUUCUUUAAUUGAUUUCUCUAAUGGCUCGCAACAGGGAAGCAUUGUUAUUGUUGCUGGAUGUUGGACCUUCAAUGCACAGUGUUCUUCCGCAGGUUGAAAAUCUUUGCUCCAUGCUAGUACAAAAGAAGCUGAUUUAUGGAAAGAAUGAUGAAGUUGGAAUUAUUUUGUUUGGAACUGAAGACACUAGCAAUGACCUGACAAAUGAAGUGGGUGGAUAUGAACAUGUUGUAGUUUUAAGAAAUAUCAAAGUUGUUGAUGGAGACAUUGUUGAAGCUUUUAAACAGCUCCCUCGAGGAACUGUUGCUGGUGAUUUUGUUGAUGCAAUUGUUGUUGGGUUGGAUAUGCUGAUAAAGAAAUAUAGAGAAACAAACAAAGGAAAGAAACGCAUGUGUCUUAUAACAGAUGCAGUGUGUCCUAUUAAAGAUCCAUAUGAAGGAACCAAAGAAGAACAAGUCAGCACCAUUGCCGUGCAAAUAGCUGCACAUGGCAUCAGAAUGGAAAAUAUUGUUGUCAGAAGAAGUUCAUGUGAGAAUGCAAAGAAGAGAAUAAUAGAUGAGAAUGAAAAUUUGCUGAAUCUCUUUUCAGAGAAAUCAAGCUCCAAGAUCGUGUAUGUUGAUAAUCCAACUUCAUUAUUAGGUGCACUUAAAACUCGAAAUAUAGCUCCAGUCACCAUAUUUAGAGGUGAUCUUGAACUUGGCCAGAAAAUGAAGAUUAAGGUUUGGGUGUACAAGAAAACGGCUGAAGAGAAGUUUCCCAUGCUGAAGAAAUAUUCUGAUAAAGCUCCUCCAACUGAUAAGUUUGCUACACAUGAAGUGAAGGUCGAUUAUGAGUACAGAAGUGUUGAAGAUCCUAGUAAAGUUGUUCCUCCAGAACAAAGGAUUAAAGGUUAUCGCUAUGGACCUCAGGUGGUUCCUAUAUCAUCUGCCGAAUGGGAGGCUGUCAAGUUCAAACCAGAGAAGAGUUUGAAGCUUCUAGGAUUUACUGAUUCUUCAAACAUAUUGCGUCGAUAUUACAUGAAAGAUGUCAAUCUUUUCAUCGCUGAACCGGGUAAUACCAGAGCAAUGCUUGCUGUUUCUGCUUUAGCGAGAGCAAUGAAGGAAGUGAAUAAGGUUGCAAUUUUGCGUUGUGUUUGGAGACAAGGACAGCAAAGUGUUGUUAUUGGGGUUUUGACUCCCAAUUUGUCUGAAAAACAUAACAUUCCUGAUUCAUUCUACUUCAAUGUACUUCCUUUUAUUGAGGAUGUUCGAGAGUUUCAUUUCCCCUCCUUCAGAAAUUAUCCUAUGUCCUGGCAACCAAAUGAGCAACAGCAGGAGGCAGCAGAUAACCUGGUAAAAAUGCUUGACCUUGCACCAUCUGGCAAAGGAGAAAGCCUGCAGCCUGAAUUUACUCCAAAUCCUGUUCUGGAGUGUUUCUAUCAUCAUCUUGAGUUGAAAUCAAAGGACGCAGAUGCAGCUGUGCCUCCACUUGAUGAAACACUCAAGAAGAUCACUGAGUGUGAUACAGAACUUCUUGCUGACAGCAAGUCCGUUAUUAAUGCUUUUCAUAGACAUUUUGAACUCAAGGAGAAUCCUAAGCUGAAGAAAUCAACUAGACGCUUCCUGUGGGAGAAACCAUUUGGCUCAGAUAGGGAGGAUGCUGAUGGUGAUGCCUCUGAUGCAGAGUCUAUCCAGGACUUUGUGGCUAUGAUAUCACGAAGAGAUAACCCAGAAUGGGUUGGUAAAGCAAUUGAGGAUAUGAAAAAGAAAAUUUUUGAGCUAGUGAAAUCCCAUGAAGGUGAUAAUUACCUGAAAGCAGUUGAUUUUUUAGCUGCCCUCCGGAAAGGGUGCAUCCUUGAGCAAGAACCAAAACAGUUCAAUGAUUUCCUCCGUAGUCUUUUCAAAUUCUGCCAGGAAGAAAAUAUCGACCAGUUACGUGAAUUACUUGUAUCCAAACAACUCUCUUUAAUACCCAAGUCGGAAGCUGUAGACAGUGAUGCAACAGACAAUGAAGCUGGGCACUUUCUGACGAGACGAGUGCCAAAAGAUGUUUAAUCUUAUUCAUAAAAUUCAAACUUGCUUUAGUUUGUUCUCUUUGUAUAUGUUCUAAAUGUGAAUUUUGAUGAGUCAUGUACAAAUAUCCAGCUAUUGUGAAAUUUGUCUGAAAACCCAUCUUUUUGUAUGGAAUGCCAUUGCCGCGGGAUGAUUAGACAUAA